CAAAAAAUGGAUAAACUCAAAGCGAGCUUCUUCUCUUCCAAUCCCAUCAACUCCAUUUGUUUCUCGCAUUUUCUCCAUUGCAAUUUGCCAAACUCAGACUUUCCACUUUUCUCUGUUUCCUUUUUCAUGAUUUGUAAUUUUGAUUCAUACUGAGGUUUUUUAGCUCGGCUCGUCCACUUUGCUCCUUUGGGGGAGAUGAGAUUGAGGCCUUCGCUAUUAUAAUGCAGCAGCUUGUGAGUGUUGAUACCACUUCUUUGAGUUAUUGGUGGAACUGGGGAUUUUUUCUGUGUGCAUUAUGGGUAUUGAUGCCUAUGGUUGUUGCAUCGAUUUUAAUCUGGAAAUACGAGCUCUCAGAAAAUUCAGAACCUGAAGGAGGGACUACACAGCAGUGUGACAGCUCGUUUCUUGUGUACUAUAAUAGAUCUUGGAAACCUUGUAUAAAAGGGAUUCACCCCGUUUUCUUAAUGGUUUUUCGGGUGAUUGCUUUCUGUCUGCUUUUUACGGCUAUGAGUUUCGAUAUCGCUAUUCACGGAUUUGAGCUAUUUUUCUACUACACCCAGUGGACGUUCGUUUUAGUCACCAUCUAUUUUGGGCUCGGGUCAUUGCUUUCCAUGCAUGGAUGUUUCUACCAGCUUAAAUUAAAUGGAAAAAACAAGUGCCCUUCAUCACAGGAUAUGGAGAAAGGUUUAUAUGCUAGCCUAGUGCAUGGAGCCAAUGGAGAUGGAGUGGAGUUGUUAGAAAAGUUGAACUACCCUCGAACCUCCCUUUGCUUUUGGGACAGUCUAUUUCAAGUUCUGUUCCAGAUGACAGCAGGAGCAGUAACUAUAACUGAUGUUAUUUACUGGUGUGUGAUAUUCCCAUUUAUGGCUCUUAAAGAUUACGAAAUGAAUUUUCUGACAGUUGUAACACACUCGCUUAAUGCUGUUUUGCUCGUUGGGGAUACAGCUCUAAAUAGCCUGGUUCGCUUUCUUUUUUCUUUGUUCAUCAUUAGUUCNGGCCAUAUCCUUUUCUUGAUUUAUCAGCAGCUCAUGCUCCACUCUGGUAACUUUGCUAUUCAAUAAACCCAUAUAUGAUUGAUCUCAUUGAACUCAGGUAUUUGGUGGUGGCAGUAAUGCAUGUUCCCUGCUAUGCUCUCUUCCUACUGUUAGUGAAAAUAAAGCAUUUUUUAUACUCCAAAUAUUUCCCUAAUGCUUAUCAAAGUUGAUCACAAGCUUUUGGGAGACCAAAUGGGAAAUUUUACAUUUUUCUAUAUUGCAAUUUAUACAAAGGGUAUACAGAUUUUAUGUACUUGGAUUAUCAUGAAAAAUCCGAGGAAAUCAAAGAAUUUUUUUUUUGGCAAAGUUAUGAGAAAAAUAUGAU